GCGGCGGAGCGAUGAGCGGGUCGAACCCGAAGGCGGCGGGCGCGGGGUCGACGGCUGGGGCCCGAGGGCUGGUGGCUGGCAAAGACGAUAAGAAGAAGGCGGGCGGCGGCGUCCUGAAUCGGCUCAAGGCGCGGCGGCAGGCGCCUCACUACGCAGCCGACGACGGCCUCGGGGCAGCGGUCACGGAGCAGGAGCUGCUGGCCCUGGACGCCAUCCGGCCCGAGCACGUCCUGCGCCUCAGCCGGGUCACCGAGAAUUAUUUAUGUAAACCUGAAGACAACAUCUACAGUAUUGAUUUCACCCGCUUCAAAAUUCGAGAUUUGGAGACAGGGACAGUGCUUUUUGAGAUUGCCAAACCAUGUGUUUCAGACCAAGAGGAGGAGGAAGAGGAGGAAGGUGGAGAUGUGGAUAUCAGUGCAGGACGUUUCGUCCGAUAUCAGUUCACACCAGCAUUCCUCCGGCUCCGGACAGUCGGGGCUACGGUGGAGUUCACUGUGGGAGACAAACCUGUGUCAAACUUCCGGAUGAUCGAACGGCACUAUUUCCGGGAGCGCUUGCUGAAAAACUUUGACUUUGAUUUCGGCUUCUGCAUCCCCAGCAGCAGGAACACUUGUGAACAUAUCUAUGAGUUUCCCCAGCUUUCUGAGGAUGUCAUUCGCCUGAUGAUUGAAAAUCCCUACGAGACCCGUUCUGACAGCUUCUACUUUGUUGACAACAAGCUGAUCAUGCACAACAAGGCUGAUUACGCCUAUAAUGGAGGCCAGUAACGGCUGUGGGACUGGACAGGGGAGGUGCUUCGUUGCAGCCCAUGGUCCUGGCACACGGAAGUGGUUAAAGCUGCUGUAUGUCAACACACACCUGGACCCUGUUCCCAGGAAGCCAAGGCUGGGGUGGCAGUUUCCUGUGCUCCAAGAGAGGUGCCAAGCAGUGCUGCUUGUCCUUCCCCAGUAUUUUUCUUCCCUUUCUCCUGCCCCUUAGGUCACAGAGGUACUAUAUAGUAAAGUAAAAGAUUAGGAUAGGGCUCCUGGAAUCCAGAUAAAAAGGGAAGUUUAUUUUCAUGUAGUCAUAGCUGCUGUCUGGUUGUCCUGACGAGCCUGGGUCUCUGUGUCCGGGUGAGGAGGCUCUGGCUGACCUCCCUGCAGGUUCAUCGCUCUUCUGUAGGCCCCUGCGUGCCGUGGGAAGCGGCAAGGUCAGCCUCUCCCAGGCAUCUCCUCUUAUUUCCAGUGUUGCCAUCAGCACAAUCUGACCUCAGCCUGUGCGUAGUUGUAAACCAAGUGGAAAGAAACUUGAAAAGGGUUGAGGAGAGGAGUGGUACCAACAGGUGAGGCACUCUGGCUGGGUGAGGCUGCCCGGACUGAAAGAUCCGUUUUCUGGAGAGGCCUGCUUAUCUGUCUGACUUCCACAAUCCCGGCCUGUCCCCCUGGGGCUCCAGCAAGGUUGCAGCCAGGCAGUGCCUUCCUGUGCUCGUCCUGGAGGAGAAAUGAGCUUGCUCUGAUUCUCUUGGCUCCUAACUUUUGAGCAUCUUUUGAAAUAGAAUGUGUCGGUUUUGCUCUUGGAACAGUAGUAUCUCUCAAGGCCAGAGCAGAAGUCAUUGUAUUUUUUUUUUUUUUGAGAUUUUCAGGCUUCCUUUUGGGAGGUUUUAUAAAAUGUCAGUGGUGUUCCCAGAGUGUGUGACGUGCAGUUAGACUUCUGAUAGUACAGUUCAGGCUCUCAGGGUGAAUCUGGCUCAAGUCGGGGCUGGUAUAGUUGUGAACCGGCAGCUGCGUAAAGGAGGCAUUUUUCUCUGCACAGCAUCACCUGAAGGAUUGGUUUUUGACAGUUUUGCCUCUAAAACUUUGUAGAUUUCUUCCUUAAGAGGAUUUUUCUAUCUGCCUUUCUACUGAAGCAGUUUAUGGAAACAUCCUGGCAGGUCAGAUCUAAAUAGUGCAUAUCUGAUCCUUCCAAACGUUUUGGGUGUGAGGCCCUCAGCCUAUCUCAGCUGUUUGAAUCAAAGCCUUCCUUGCACAGCCUACCACUUUUAUCCUCAAGCCCUCAUUGGGUAGACCCUCACCUCCUCUCCCAGAGGUUGUCUGACUGUGUUGGCUUUAGGCGGUCAGCCCAAACCCCCUGAAGAUUGUUGCUGUGGCCAGGAUUUAGCAUUGAUAGGAAGGUAUCAAUAACUGUAGGAAGGUCCUAGGUAUGUGGUAAUAGUCACUGUUGCCAAUAUAGUGACAGUGACAGGAGAGCUGUUUCUCAAAAUGCUUGGGAGGAAGGCCGUGUGGGGCCAGGGAAAGAAGGGCCAGCACUUGGCCACAGAGCCCCUGUAUGUUCACUGACCAGUGUUGCUUCUGGUUUGGAUUCUAGAACGUGAGUGGUCUUGAACCUCAGCCCAGUGCUUUGAGCCAGGCCAGAGCCUGGGCUGCGCCAAGUGCUGAUGGCUUUCUCAGUGAGAUUAGCCCUGUGUGCCAGCACUGGACCCAGCCACUGAGGGAAGGAAGGCACCAGGCACCCGGCAGACCGGGGCACAUCUCAGAGCUGGAGCCGACUGCAAAUCCAGGUGCCUUACAUGGGGCUCUGUCCCAUCCGCUGCUGGGGAGGGCUGCUCCGUCCUCACUCCUGCCCCACCGGCAGGCAGGCAACAGCACUGCUCCUGUCCCGUUUCUCACCGUGGCUCCUCUAGCGCACUGUUCCUGUCAAGCUCCAGAAUAACCCCCAUCUGUGACAGAGGCCUGAUCGGGAGAGUUUCUACUAUUUGAUAUUUAUCUAGCAUACAGGAUUUGGUUUCUGGAGCUGCCCAGCGCUCUGCUCAGUAGUGUGUCUUGAAAACGUGUCCCAGGGCAGACUGUCUUGUAUACUCUGGGCUCUUCCUUGCAGUGUUAGCUUUUGUGAGGAGGAAGACCAGCAGGGCAGAGGAGGCAGGCGCUCUGGCUUGAGGGGGCGUGGUGUCCUCUUCCCCUUUGGCUUGCUUUAGUCUCGCUGGAGGCCUUUUUGAGGCCAAGCGCUCGAACUGCCCAGUGGGACAGGGGUUUGCCAUCUUCUGCAGCUGAAGGUCUGGUGUCUGUACCUGAGACUCUGGAUUCUCGUGUCCAGCUACUCAGGAAAUCUAGAGUGGUUAACACCACUCUAGGAUGUUAACCAGGGUGAGUUUGAAAUUUUGUACCUGAAUUGGGAAGAGAAUUGGAAGUCAUGCUUUCUCUGAGUGUCUAAACCAAUCAAAAGUAGAAUCAAAACAGGAAGCCAUGUUAGUAAGGAAUCUGGACUGUUGGUAGCCAUUAUUUGGGUGAUACAAUGGGAGGAAAAAACUGCCUGCUUGGGAGCCCACACUCUUUUUUUCAGAGCUGGCGUCUGAGAGGCAGCUCCUGGAGGGAGCGAUUCCAGCAGCCAGCGGGCCCGCCUGGGACCACGGGGCCUGCUGCCUAUACCCCUUCCUCGCUUGUUUUGCUCUUGUCCCUCUGCCUUGGAACCUCCUGGGAGAGAGCCUUUUCCUGUGAAGCCUUUGGGCCAAGAUGCCCUCCUAGCUUCUCCAAAGACAAUCCUGGUUUACUUUAUUCUGUGUUCUAACGAACAAACAGGAAAUAACAACAUGUGUUAGCUCAAAAUUAUCUUGCAGAGAAAGCAGGUUUCAGGGGCAGAUAGUACUGCCUGAAGACAGCCCCCGUGUUUGGGCCAUCCGAUUCCCAAGUAAGGGCAGUGAUUUGGGAAUGUGGGGGUCUUACCAUUGACUAGUAAUUCUCGAAAUGGCAGAGACUAGGGAAUCUUCAACUUCUUUGUGUACUUGAAGUGGAACUCAUUUGUGGAGUGGAGUUAAUAGGCUGUGCCUAAUGUGCAAAUAGGAUGAGUCUUACCUUAGUGUGUCCUGCCACCCUGGUUAGCUCCCAGGGUAUUCUUUUUCCUCUGUAAAUUCACUUUCUUCUGGUGGUCAUUAUCACCAGGUCUGGGGAAUGGGGACCGUCUGUCCUAAAAAUCAUAGCGCAGACUCCCUGCCAGCGCAUGAGGCUUCCUGACACAGAGGGUGCUCCUGUCCCUGGUGUGGGAGCCAAAUCGUUGAACCAUCAUGUUACAUUCCAUGUUAGUGAACAUCUUGACCACAAGGUGGAUUUACCCCUUGUUUUACAAAGGAUCAUGUAAAGUCAUUGAAGUUGUGAGAGUCUAUUUUUUUCCUGUAAAUCUAUUUUUCUCAGAAUAUAAGAAACAUCAAUGACCUGAUCUGCCCUUCCUCCUCUUUCCCCUUCACCUAAGGUCCUCAUUCGGUUUUUUUUUUUCUGUUUUGCUAAUAGUUUUAUAACCAACAAAUGAAUACAGAGAAUGCCUUGUACAAACAAUAAAGGUAGAAGAUCAAGCUGUUCCUUUAGGCAGUGCUGAAGAUUUCAGUCUCUGGUAUUUGGAAUUUAGGCUGCAGUCCUUAUUUUUGGAUGGAUCACUGAGGGUGUGGUACAGUCCCUGCUUUUAACUAGAUUUGACCAGAUGAAUGGCUGCUUGGCCCAGGUAGAAGUAGAUGAAGUGUUUGGUUUCAUGUGUCACGUAACUACCAAAAUUCCUCCCCACGAUGCAGUGCCAGGUGGGGUUGUACUUCUUGUCACACGCCCCUCUUUUUUUUUCAAAUUAUAACGGAAAGUUUAUUUAGCAUUACAGAGGUAGAAGUAAGCCAGCUGGGUUGUGUGAGCAAAAAAACAAGUUACAGAGACUGAAGCAGGGCGCUUGGAGCUUAGGAGAGAGAAAGGCAAAGGUAGCGUGCUUGGAGGGGGCAGAUGGGGAAAGGGGUGCACAGAUGGUGUGUUGUGGCGCUGUGCGCCUGAAACCUGUGUAAUUUUGUUAUCCAGUGCCACCCAAUUAAUUCAAUAAGGGGAAAAAAAGACAAUAGAAGAGGGGGGAGGGAAAGGUGCGGGUAUGUUCCCAAGAGGGAGAGCGCUUCUCAGACUCCUCUGCGUGGGCCGCAGUACCCUUCUCUGUUCUGUUUCUCCAACUCCUGAGUAGCACAUUCCACAGAGUCCUGUUGCAUCUCCUCCGACAUACCGGCAUUUACACAGUGGAGCAGAGGCUGGCCUACUGCCCAGGUCUCCUGGGAGGGGCUGGCGGGGCUCAGGCCCAGCCCGUCGUGGCUCACCUGUCUCCCUCGUUCCAGUUCUUGUCUUUGUGUCCAAAGUAAACUAGGUGACCUAUUUGUAUAAAACAUUAUUUUGCCACAAGAGACGGAAAUAAAAGAAAGAUUUUCACAGUAUG